AUGCGCGCGCGCGCGACGGUCGGCGCGCCCGCGCGCGCGAGGUCGAACGCGUCGAACGCGUCUCCGCGAGAUGGAUCCGUCGUCGGACUCAUCGGUGGUCUUCGCGUCGUCGCCGCGGCGCUCGCGGCGCACGCGCGGGACGGCGCGCGAACGAACGCGACGCACGUCGCGGAAGAUCCGACGUACGUCGUGUUCCUCGCGGCGUCGGUGGUGGCGUUCGGGACGGUGGCGAGCGGGGAGGCGAUGAGUUUGCGGCGGCGGCGCGCGCGGGCGCGAAAGGCGGUGAAGGAGUGCGCGACGAUGUUGGAUCUGCGUAAGGCGGGCGAUGGGACGGGUGCGGGUAAGGGUAAAAUGCGGGACGGUGGGAAGGUUGGGGCGGAGUUUUGGAACGAUUUGGGAUUCCUCCUGCGCGCGGCGUUUCCGUCGGCGACGUCUCGCGGCGGGCAGCUCUUGGGGGCGCAGUUCACCUUGCUCGUCAUGCGCACGCUGUUGACGGUGCGAGCGAACAAGGUGAAUACGUUUUAUCUCACCAAGGCGAUCUCGAGCGCGAGUUGGAAGUUUUGGGUGCGGUGGUUUUUCAACUUUUGCGGGUGGAUGGCGAGCGGCGUCGUGGUGAACAGCGGUUUGAGGUACACCGAGAGUCUGAUCACGAUCGAGCUCCGCGCGGCGCUGACGAAGAAGGCGCACAAGAUGUACAUGGAGAAUAACAACUUUUAUAAGACGGCGGUGCUGCGACACGGGGGAUUAGAUAACGUCGAUCAACGCAUCGUGGCGGAUAUCGACGCAUUCGCCAAGGAGGCGGCGUUCCUGUACGGGCACUCGUUCAAGCCAAUCUUAGAGUUCACGCUGAGCCUGACCGAGGCGGCGAAGGAGCUCGGCUACUCGCGCCCGCUCGCGCUUUUCGCAUCGCAAAUCAUCAUCACGAGCGUUUUGCGGUCCAUCUCGCCCAGGCUCGGGCCGAUGGUCGCUCGCGAAGCCGCGCUGGAGGGUGGAUUCCGACAUACGCACGCGCGCCUCAUCGCGCACGCCGAGGAAAUCGCUCUCUUGGAUGGCGGUAAGCGUGAGGUGGAUAUCUUAGAUGAAGGUUUAGAUAACCUCGUAGUGACGCAGCGCUGGCACGCGUUGCAGCGCAUUCGUAAGAGCGUCGCCGAUAACAUCUCAAAGUUCCAAGGCUUGCUCGUGGGUAGCAUAUUCGUGCACGUCCCCUUCAUGAUGAAGGAUGCCGUAUCCGAGGGUGAACGCAUCUCCACCUUUCGCGCCACCGAAGAACUCAUGCUCCGAUGCGGUGGUGCGUUCACCGAGGUGCUGCUUCUCGGGAAGAACCUCGACGAGCUCGCCGGGUACACGCACCGGCUCUCGCAGCUCUUCAAGACGUUGGAUCGAUCGAAUAAGGAGGCACUCGAGGAGCGCGCCGCGAAGUCUGCGACGGUCGCCGCGCCGGAACACGCCGCGCCCAUCGUGUUCGAUGCGGUCACCGUGGGCGCGCCCGAACCCGAUGGCUCGCACCGCGUGCUCGUGAAGGACUUGACGCUCGCUCUCAAGCCUGGUGAGCACUUGCUCAUCACGGGACCGAACGGUUGCGGAAAGACUUCGCUACUUCGUGUCCUCGCCGGCUUGUGGGCGCCCAUCGCCGGUACGAUCUCUCGACCGUCCGGCGUUUCGUCCAUCAUGUGGUUGCCCCAGCGUCCGUACUUGUUACAGGGAUCGCUUCGAGAUCAAGUCGUUUACCCGCGAGACGCUCGAUCGGAGAAAAUCGACGACGCGCGCGUCAAGGAGUGCCUCAUGAUGGCUGGUCUCGGCAAAUUCGUCAACGGCUCGAUGAACGUCGGUCUGAACACGCGACACUUGGAGUGGAACGACGUCUUGUCUGGGGGCGAGCGUCAACGCAUCGGUUUUGCGCGGUUAUAUUACCACGCCCCGAAGUUCGCAAUCUUAGACGAGGCGACGAGCGCCAUCAAUCCGGACGAGGAGUCCGCACUUUAUGAACGCCUCAUCGCGACGGAAACCACGGUGGUGAGCAUCGCGCACAGACUAGAGCUCAGAAAAUUCCACAAGAACGAACUCAAGAUAGCCGGCGACGGCUUGGGCGCGUUCAAGAUUGUCAAACUCUGA